GCUUGCGCAAGCGAAAAUUUCUUUCUCGACCGUCUUGUCAAUCUGGCAUGUCAUAAGAGAAGUACCGGUCAUUGGUUGUUCUUUCUCUACAAUAUUUCCUGGCUACAUUAAUAGUUAACUCGAAUGUGGCAAAAGUUUAUUAAUUCCUCACUUGAAACCUUCACGAGUAUAGCGUCGUGGUUGACUACUUGAGAACAAGCGAUUACAGAGAUUCACCAUGAGUUCCGGAAGCAUCUGUUACAAGUGUAACCAGCCGGGCCACUUUGCCCGAGAGUGCUCUCAGCCCGGAGGUCGCGACUCCGGUGGCAGAGGAGGCGGCGGCGAAUACAAUAGGAGUCGCGCAAAGUGCCACAAGUGUAACAAGGUUGGUCACUACGCUCGUGACUGCAAGGAGGAUUCCGCUCGAUGCUACCGUUGCUACGGGGAAGGCCACUUCGCCAAGGACUGCCUCCAGAGCCCUGACAUGCCGUCGUGUUACAACUGUAGGAAACCGGGCCACAUUGCCCGCAGCUGUCCCGAAAGUGGAGGUAGAUAACGCUUCUUCGUUUACUGUAGAUUUUUUUUUGAGGUGAACAUUUUCAUUUGUAGCUCAAUAAAUUUCCUACAAGACUU